CUCUCUCUUUCUUUCUUCUAGUCCGAGAGCAGAGAAGAAGAUGUGUGGCACUCUGUUUUCUUAUCGUGAGCUUCCUUUGACUAUUUUCGUUGACUAAUGGACUCUUCUUCUUCUUCUUCUCCAUCUCCUCUUCAAGAACAAAUCAUCUCUUCUCGUUGUUUCUAAGGGUUUCUUUGAUUUUUAGUUUCCUUGGAAAUGGUUUGGGCGACGAGGUUUUCAGGAUUUUUCUCCGCCGCGAUGGCAGUGAUCGUGUUAUCUCCGUCGCUCCAGUCAUUUCCUCCGGCGGCGGCAAUCCGCUCGUCUCCAUCACCGGUAUACAGAAAGUCUCCGGUGGUUUUCAACAAUGGCGAGGAAUGUCUCUCCUCCGACGGCGGCGUCUGCAACCCGUCGUUGGUCCACGUGGCGAUCACGUUAGACGUGGAGUACCUGCGUGGCUCAAUCGCAGCCGUUAACUCAAUCCUGCAGCACUCGAUGUGUCCGGAGAGCGUCUUUUUCCACUUCAUCCUGGAGGAGACGAACCACCGGCUGCUGGAGUCUCUGGUGAGAUGGGUUUUCCCGGGACUGAAGUUCAAUAUUUACGAUUUUGCCCCUGAGAGGGUUCGCGGUUUGAUAUCUUCUUCCGUGAGACAAGCUCUUGAGCAGCCUUUGAAUUACGCUCGGAACUACUUGGCGGACCUGCUCGAGCCUUGCGUCAACCGUGUCAUAUACUUGGAUUCGGACCUCGUCGUCGUGGACGAUGUUGCCAAGCUCUGGAGGACUAGUCUAGUGGGAUCGAGGGUCAUCGGGGCUCCAGAGUAUUGUCACGCGAAUUUCACGAGAUACUUCACCAGAGGGUUCUGGUCGGAGGAGAGAUUCUCCGGCGCCUUUAGAGGGAGGAAGCCUUGUUACUUCAACACAGGUGUGAUGGUGAUAGAUCUCAAGAAAUGGAGAAGCGGGGGUUACACCAAACGUAUAGAGAGAUGGAUGGAGGUUCAGAAGUCACAGAGGAUUUACGACCUCGGCUCUCUUCCACCGUUUCUUCUUGUUUUCGCCGGUCACGUCGCUCCCAUCUCGCACCGGUGGAACCAGCAUGGCCUCGGUGGCGACAAUGUUAGAGGUAGCUGUCGUGAUUUGCACCCUGGUCCUGUGAGUUUGCUGCAUUGGUCUGGUAGUGGCAAGCCAUGGUUAAGACUCGAUUCAAAACGCCCUUGCCCGUUAGACGCAUUAUGGACGCCUUACGACUUGUAUCGACACUCGCUUUGACUACUGUUUGAUUAGCUAGCUAGCUGCUUAUUACUACUAGCUAGUAUGUUUUACUUUCUUCAUCAGUUGUUGAACUACUAGCUAGAUGAUUCUUUGGAACCUACCUGCUCUUGUGUUUUUUCUUUAAAGACUCUCGCUUUGAGUUUCCUUUGAGCACAUGUGAAGAAGGCUCUACACUUUUAAUUGAUAAUCUGCAAAUAAGCUCUAGUUUGAUAAGUUUGAUGCGAACAUUGUUGUUACUGUCGGUGGAUAUGAGAGGGUGUGCCACUAGGGUUGUCUUCAUCAAAGGGGCAAAAGACUAGUGGCUCCUACUAGCUAGGGUCUGUCUGAUCAGAACAACAAUGUUUUUAUAUAUACUGAAGUAUUAUUGAUUGUUGUUUUAAGCUGUCGAAUUUGUUGAGUACCAUAUCUUUGUUUGUUUGAAA